UGGUGUCGCAGGGCUUGUCACGAGGUGACUCGGGGAGGGCGGAGGACCGAGGGAGGGAGCAACGAAGGGCGUGCGGGGCCGUCGCUCCGCGCACCCCUCCCCCCGCCGCAGUCGGCAGGCCUUUCCCCGGAGAAGAUGGCGGAUCGGGCGGAGAUGUUUUCUCUUUCCACCUUUCACUCGCUGUCGCCGCCAGGCUGCAGGCCUCCUCAGGACAUAAGCCUGGAAGAAUUUGAUGAUGAGGACCUGUCUGAGAUCACCGAUGACUGUGGCCUGGGCCUCAGCUAUGACUCGGACCACUGCGAGAAGGACAGUCUCUCCCUGGGACGUUCGGAGCAGCCGCACCCCAUCUGCUCCUUCCAGGAUGAUUUCCAGGAGUUUGAGAUGAUUGAUGACAACGAAGAGGAGGAGGAGGACGAGGAAGAGGAGGGAGAGGAGGAGGAGGAGGAGGAGGAAGGAGAAGGGGAGGCCAAGGAGGGAGGAGGCUCUGGUUCAGAGGCCCCUGCCCCAGAGGCCCUGAUCCGUUCCCCCUCCCUGGAGGAAUCCCACAAGAACCGGCCCACCACUCUCCACCUGACUACUUUGGGAGCCCAGGACUCCCUGAACAACAAUGGAGGCUUUGCCCCAGCGCCUCCAGCUUCCCGGCAGGAGACAGUGCUGUGCUCACCUCCCCAGGAGCCCCUCAGAGAGUCACCCGCCUCCCUCCAGCCCACAGACGCGAGCCCGUGCGGGGCACGGUCGCCUGUGCGCCCGGGUUGCGAUUGUGAAGGGAACCGACCGGCCUCGGGUCCUCCUGCGCCCUGCGGAGCCUCGCCCUCCUCAGAUCCUGGCAUCGAGGCCGACCUGGGAAGCCGCUCCAGCGGGGGCCGAGGGGGCCGGCGCAGCAGCCAGGAGCUGUCCUCGCCAGGCUCCGACUCGGAGGACGCAGGGGGCGCGCGCCUGGGGCGCAUGAUUUCGUCCAUCUCAGAGACCGAGCUGGAGCUGAGCAGCGACGGCGGCAGCAGCAGCAGCGGCCGCUCCUCGCACCUCACCAACUCCAUCGAGGAGGCCUCAUCGCCUGCCUCUGAGCCGGAGCCCGAACCCGAGGCCUCCUGUGAGCCCCCGCGCCGCCCCGCCUUCCUGCCCGUGGGCCCCGACGACAGCAACAGCGAGUACGAGUCCGGGUCUGAGUCGGAGCCAGACCUCAGCGAGGACACCGACUCGCCCUGGCUGCUCAGCAACCUCGUGAGCCGCAUGAUCUCCGAGGGCUCCUCGCCCAUCCGCUGCCCCGGCCAGUGCCUGUCUCCCGCGUCGCGUCCUUCCGGCGAGCCAGCGUCGCCCGCGGGGAGCGCCACGGAGGCCCCUGAGGCGGCUGCAGGGCCCGGCGUGGAGCUGGUGGACAUGGAGACGCUGUGCGGGCCGCCGCCCCCCGCGCCUCCCGNGUGGGCCGCUGCGGGCCGCAGCGCCCGCCCCGGCCGCGCCUGUUCCGCCGCCUGCUCAGAGGAGGACGAUGAGGACGAAGAGGAGGAGGAUGCUGAGGACAAGGCGGGGCCCCCCGGCGGGAGGGGCGUGGGCCCCGCUGCGCAGCUGGACGCGUCACUGGUGUACGACGCGGUCAAGUACACGCUGGUGGUGGACGAGCACACGCAGCUGGAGCUGGUAAGCCUGCGGCGCUGCGCGGGCCUGGGCGAAGACAGCUCAGAGGACAGCGGCGGCGAGGCCAGCGAGGAAGAGACGGCGGCCGCACUUCUGGGUGGUGGUCAGGGCCCGGAGGACGCCUCCCCAGACAGCCCUGACCUCACCUUCUCUAAGAAGUUCCUCAAUGUCUUUGUCAACAGCACAUCUCGUUCUUCCAGCACGGAGUCCUUUGGUCUUUUUUCCUGCUUGGUCAAUGGGGAGGAGAAAGAGCAAACCCAUCGGGCUGUCUUCAGGUUCAUCCCUCGCCAUCCGGACGAGCUGGAGCUGGACGUGGAUGACCCGGUGCUGGUGGAGGCCGAGGAGGAUGAUUUCUGGUUCCGUGGUUUCAACAUGCGCACAGGGGAGCGGGGGGUCUUCCCUGCCUUCUACGCCCAUGCAGUGCCCGGCCCCGCCAAGGACCUGCUGGGGAGCAAGCGGAGUCCCUGCUGGGUGGAGCGCUUCGAUGUGCAGUUCCUGGGCUCUGUAGAGGUGCCCUGUCACCAGGGCAAUGGCAUCCUGUGCGCAGCCAUGCAGAAGAUCGCUACUGCCCGGAAGCUGACCGUCCAUCUGCGUCCUCCCGCCUCCUGUGACCUCGAGAUUUCCCUUCGGGGGGUGAAGCUGAGUCUAAGUGGAGGACCUGAGUUCCAGCACUGCAGUCACUUCUUCCAGAUGAAGAACAUCUCCUUCUGUGGCUGCCAUCCCCGCAACAGCUGCUAUUUUGGCUUCAUCACCAAACACCCUCUGCUGAGCCGCUUUGCCUGCCACGUGUUUGUCUCCCAGGAGUCCAUGAGGCCCGUGGCCCAGAGUGUGGGCCGCGCCUUCCUCGAGUACUACCAGGAGCACCUGGAGUACGCCUGCCCCACAGAGGACAUCUACCUGGAGUAGCCGCCCACCGCUCUCCUGCUGCAGGGGCAGCUGGGGCUGGGCGUGUCUCCAGAAGCCACCACGGCUUUGGCAAGAACUGGAUUGGGGGCACGUGGGAACUGAUGUCCAGGGAGAUUCCUCCUUGCUCCCCAGGGGCUGCGGGAGAGAGGAGUCCUCUCCACUUUCCCUCCAGUCUGUUCUUUCUCUCUGUGUCACCCUCUUCUGCCCCUUGACCUCCUCCUAUCUCCUUGUUUCUGUCUCUGCCCCUCUCUGUGCCUGCAAACUCUCGCCCUCCGCUCUUUACUUGGGGUCAGAACUGGGAGGGUUGUGGAGGAAGGCGAGGCUGUAGGUGACAGGUGGCACCAGGCUCCCAGGUGAUCCCCUCCUGCCCCUCCCCUGUGAUUUAUAAAGGAAUUUUAAUUUUUAUAGUGAAUCUCAAGGGAUUAUCCCAUCCUUGACCACAGGGACAAAGAGAGGGACCCCCCCAUACUGGCCCACAUGGAGCUCAGGGGGAAGCAGGGAGGGGUUCCCCAGAAGGCUCCUGGGGAAGAUUAGGGUUAGCUCUUGACGCUUACCCCGGGCCCCCAGAUGCUAGGAGGAGGGUGCCUACCCUGGCCCUGGCCACACCAGCGUCCGCUUUGCCGCUGCAAACACUCCCCGCAGUCUAGCACCUCAAUAAACUCUCUGCUUGGUGUGACACUGGCUGUUUCUGGGGGGGGGGGC